AUGAAGAAGGCUAAGUUGAUGACAUGGAACAUGAGAACACUAAGUGUUCUCACUACAAUGUUGUUGUUUUCUACUGCCAUGAUUCAACUAUUUCUUGUGUCCAAAAGGUUGUGGUUUUGCUAUUACUCCACCGGCACCGACAUCACCGUCGGCGAUACUCUGCCGGAGCUUUCCGACAUGUUGCCGGUCCAAGAACAUUACUCUUCCUCUGCUCUCCUUCCUCCUAAAAGGAUUUAUAAAAGCAAUGGUUACCUUUGGGUUUCUAGCAAUGGAGGUUUGAAUCAAAUGCGAGCUGGGAUUUGCGAUAUGGUUACUAUUGCUCGGUAUCUAAAUUUGACAUUACUCGUUCCACAACUUGAUAAAAGAUCAUUCUGGGCAGAUUCCAGUGAUUUUGAAGAUAUUUUUAAUGUUCAACACUUCAUUGAUUCUUUGAGAGACGAAGUCAAGAUCAUAAAAUCACUUCCACAAAAGUUCAGUGAGAAAGUUCGCACCAAUUUGUUUUCUAUGUCUCCAAUCAGCUGGUCUAAUGAGAAGUACUACUUAGAAAAGGUUUUACCACUUAUACGGAAGAAUAAAUUAGUUUUUUUCAAUAAAACGGAUUCCCGCCUUGCAAACAACCUUCCAAGUGAGCUCCAAAAAUUACGUUGCCGAGUAAAUUACCAAGCAUUACGCUUCACUCCAGAGAUUGAAGCAUUAGGCAACAAGCUUAUUUCCUUGCUUCGAAAAAGUGGUUUUUUCGUCGUACUCCAUCUUCGAUACGAAAUGGACAUGUUAGCAUUUUCCGGUUGUUUACAAGGAUGCAAUGAUCAAGAAGUCAAGCAACUUACAAAACUAAGAUAUGCAUUUCCAUGGUGGAAAGAGAAAUUUAUAGAUUCAGAGAAAAAAAGAUUGGCAGGGUUAUGCCCACUUACACCGGAGGAAACAGGUCUAAUUUUACAAGCUCUUGGUAUUGAGAAAAAUACUAAGAUUUACAUUGCAGCAGGAAAGAUAUAUGGGGGUGGAAGAAGACUUAGUGCACUCCGAACUGCAUAUCCAAAUCUUGUGAACAAAGAAAUGUUACUUAGUGCUGAUGAACUAAGGCCUUUUAAAAAUCACUCCACAAAAAUGGCGGCAUUGGAUUACCUUGUUUCUAUUGAAAGUGAUGUUUUUAUCCCUACUUAUAAAGGCAAUAUGGCUAAAGUUGUUGAGGGACAUCGCAGAUUUGCCGGAUUUAGGACAACUAUAUCUUUGGACACAAGACAAUUGGUGGAGCUUUUGGAUUUGUACAAAAAUGGAAGCUUAACAUGGUACCAAUUCUCAGAUGCUGUUCAAGAAACACAUAGGAAUAGAGUUGGCCAACCAACCAUAAGAAAUGUUAUUUCAGGGAAUCCCAAAGUUGAGGAUUAUUUUUACACAAAUCCUCAAGAAUGUCUUGCACCCCUUACUUUCUCUGCCUCUAACUCUAAAUUCAUCACCAUCUAA